UUCCAAACUGUCCCGGGACUCUGAGCUGCGCUGCUCCCACUCCCCUCAGCUUCCUAAGGAUUUUGUUUCUCAGGGAUGGCCGCAUCUAUUCUGGAGGUAGGGAAUGUAAUUGAAGACGCACGCUAUGGCUCCAGUCCUCUGGCUAUGUUAACAGCUACCUGCAACAAGUUUGGCAGCACCAGCCCUGUCAGGGAUUCAGCUACACCCGGUAAGACUGGCAGCACCUCUCCAGUAAAGAAGCCCUACAACAUGACCUCUGACCUUCAGACAGCCAAGAACGGGCGGACCACAGACAGCAGUGGCCUGGCAGACUCCUACACUGGCUCCUUCACUUCAGCGGGAGGAGGAGGAGGUGGCGGGCUGCUUACACCCACUGGAAGUCCCCCUCCUUCAGCCGGAGGCUACACUACAGAAUAUAACCCUUUCUCUCACUCCUUCCAGACUUCGGUCUCACAGGACCCGUCUCUUUUAGUGUCCAAGGCCCACGCUACAGCCGAUUGUCUCACCAGUGUGUAUACUUCGCUGGAUAUGACACACCCCUAUGGCUCGUGGUAUAAGGCUGGUAUCCACCCUGGCAUAACUGCUGCUCCAGCUAAUGCUACAUCUUCCUGGUGGGAUGUCCAUCCCAACUCCAACUGGCUGUCAGCAACCCAGCCCCAAGCAGAUGGAGGUCUGCAGGCCUCCCUGCAGCCUGUGGCACCACAGGCAUCCCUUAGCCCACAGCUGCCCAGUUACAGCACCGAUUUUACACCACUUAACCCAGCUCCUUACCCCUCCGUGGGACUGGGCUCCUCCUCACAUCUCCUCCAACCUUCCCAGCACAUGCUGCCCCAGGACAUGUACAAGCCCAAACCUGUGCCAAGUGCAGGGCUAAUUGAGAAUCCCAUGGGCCUAAAGCCUGCUAGGGGAUCAGGGGGCUACAGCGGAGGGGCUACACCCACCCGGUCUUCAUGCGACUGCCCCAACUGCCAGGAGCUGGAGAGGCUGGGAGCCUCUGCUGCAUCCCUGAGGAAGAAACCAAUGCACAGCUGCCACAUCCCGGGCUGUGGGAAAGUCUACGGCAAGGCCUCCCACCUGAAAGCCCACCUGCGCUGGCACACCGGCGAACGGCCCUUUGUUUGCAACUGGCUGUUCUGCGGGAAACGUUUCACCCGCUCCGAUGAACUGGAGAGGCAUGUGCGCACCCACACGCGGGAGAAGAAGUUCACCUGUCUACUGUGCAACAAGCGUUUCACGCGCAGCGACCACCUCUCGAAGCAUCAGAAGACCCACGCAGAUUCUGCAAUGCAGGGCAAAGCUGUAGCUGUGGAGGGAGACGCAGAUUCUCGGAGCGAAGAGACCACAGAGCUCAACUCCAGCGCUGUACCUACCAAUCCUGUCGCUGACCAAAUCACCAACGGAGAUGAGAAGACUGGCACGCCUAACGGGGUGGAGAACAGCAGUGGAUUGUUGGAGAUCUGACUUGAUGAAGUCUUGAAAUUUUAGAGGUGUUUUCUUUUCUUCUUUUUUUUUUUUUAAAUAGGAAAAAAACUCACCUUACAAACACAAAACUGUAUUUUAUUUCAAGACAUACAAAGGAGACAGUGUUUGAAAAGACUUGAUAUGAUACAGGACUGAUAAAGGUAGAAAUCACUUCUGGACCACACACACACACACAAGCAUAAAUGUGGCCAAGCCUGCAAACAUAUAGCGAUCCUCAAAUGUAUGCAGACACACAUGCACAAAUAUGAGCAACCGAGACAUAAAUGAACACAAUAUGCACAUGUGCACAGGAAUAACUAUUAGCAAAUGUGCAAACAUCCAUAAUGCAUGCACGCAGGGGGAUACACAAAAGUACGUCUGCUCGGAAACACAUACAAGUAAACAUGCUCGUGCACAAAUUUUGUAGCCUACACACAUUUUCUGCCUUUCAAAUGAGACAAACCACUGGGGAAAUUUAAUCUGCAAAAGCAGAAGGAAAAGAGCUCUGAAGCCGCAAAAGGAAAGUUGUUUUAAAACGAGACUUAUGGUCAGGAUGAUGGAGUCGAAUGAAGCAUUGCAUGCCUAGAGAAAAAUCUGAUUUACAGCUGUACUUUGAUACUUAUUCAUUAUUCUUGAAACAAUCAAUGGACAGUCUACACUUACAGCUUCUUGUUGCCAAAGACACUCUGUUGUACACGGUAUUGCAUUUCACCUUUGUUUGCUGUUUGCUUCUUACCAUGUCUAAUUUAAUUUCAUAUUUACUUUAAUAAUCUAAUUUAUGUCUUAAAUUAUACACAUGAAAGAUUAUCUUGCACCUGCAGGAAAUACCUGAAGAAGAAAAAAGAAUGCAAGAUGGUUGAAGCCGGCCAAAAAGAAAAUGAAAUACAUUAAAUUAAGACUGUUUUUUUCUUAUUUAUUAGCUAUAAGGACGAGUUUGGGGGUUGUUUUAAAAGUUUUAUUUAUAAACCUUGAAGUUAAAUGUGCGUGUAAACUAAUUCUUAUAUAAUCUUUUAAUUGUGAAGUCUUCCAUACCUGGCAAAAUAAUGAUCAAUAAGGGCUUUCUUCCUUGUUUGUGCAUACUAUAUAUUGACAACAGUAUAUAGAUAUGUAUAUAGGUAUGUUAUUUUUGUAUGCAUUUUCUAUGUUUUGUAUAACUUUCCACAAGAAAUGAUGUCUAGAACGCUUUGGUUACAACAACAAAGAACGUAAAGUAAAAGCUUAAUUUUUUUUUGGUUAUUAAUUUUGUUAUUUAGGCAGAACUGAAGUGUUUGCUGACUUGUUGUGAAAUGAGUGUAAAAGAUACUGUAAAUAGCGAUGAAGCAUGGUACACAUGUUGUAAGGUUUAUGGUGUGGACUAAUGACAAUU